AUGGCAAACAUAAAUGAGUUUGUGCAGUGCUCAGUGGGUAAGUUUGAUGGGCAGGGAAACUUCCAGUAUUGGGAUUCUCAGAUGGAGUUUUUCUUCAAAGUUAUGGAAUACACAGAUGUUAUGAUAAAUGGGUUCACUGACCCAGGAGAUCAAGCCACCCUUACACAGAACCAGAGAGAAGAGAUGGUGAAAAAUUGGAAGAAAGAUAGCCGGGCCUUGAUGUAUAUCUUUGUUGCAAUUGAUCCAGCAAUCUAUGAGAAGAUUGCACAUGUCUCUACAUCUAAGGAGGCAUGGGAUGUGCUAAUCAAUAGCUAUAUUGGAAGAGAUAAGGUAAAGAAGUCUGUGAUCAUAUUUCGUGAUCAAACGAAGAUUCUAGCUAAAAGAAAAGGAAGGAUCACUAUCAAGUUAAGGGAUGGGUUGUUCAAUUCCAUAUCUGAUGUCUAUUAUGUUCCAAGUUUGCGCCACAAUUUUUUGAGCCUCGAACAACUCUCAAAGAAAGGGUACGACAUUUGGCUUCUCAAUGGAGUUUGUACUAUUAGUGAUGCUAGUCAUGAACUAAUAGCUAAGAUCAUAUUAGAAAGAAACUUGAUGAUGCAAAGAGCACAUCAGGUUAUGCUUUUCACAUUGGCUCUGGUGUUAUCUCUUGGUCAUCAAAGAAGCAAUAAGUUCUGGCUCUUUCUUCUACAUAAGCAGAGUACAAUGCAACCACCUAUUGUGCUACUCAUGCAGUGUGGAUGA